UUUGAUGUAGCAGACGAACAAUAUGAGACCGAGGCUUAAUGGUGAUGCGUGUGGUUUGUGAUCUGUAUAAGAGAUGUCAUUGAAUCAGUGAAUAUGAUAUUGUAUACAUUGGUUGUAUCAUACCCAUAGGAAUCAUAUCACACUAUCAUCCAUAAUGUUACCUCCGUUAUAAACCAAUUCAUUCUCUUCUUGGCUAACACUCGGAUUAAUUCUUAUACUCUUGGACAUCUAUACGCGAUUAGACUUGAUCAUGGAGAACAGUACCAAUAAUCCGGACAACUGUACGGGCACCUGUAAUAAUACCUCUAUUGAAACCGGUCUAUUACAGAGAUUAAACGAUGCUAAAGCUGUCCAUUUUAUACCAGUGAUGUUAUGGGUGACUCUGUUAAUGGUGAUUGGAGUGUUAGGCAACUCACUCGUGGUAUACGUGUAUAGACGACGAUUUAAAAAAACCUCGUCUAAUUAUUUUAUAUUAACCAUGGCCAUAUUUGAUCUGGUUGCCUGUGUGGUUGGCAUGCCAACAGAAAUUUAUGAUUUGCGAUAUCCUUACACGUUUUAUAGUUCCGUUGGAUGUAAGGUAUUCAGGUUUACGGAAACGUUUACUAUCUACGGUUCGGCCAUUGUGCUUGUUGAGAUCGCAUUUGAUCGAUAUUUUAAAAUCUGUAAACCCCUCAUGGUAAUCAGUUUGUUUAAAAUUAAGAUGUUGUGUUUUAUGGCAACGGUGCUUGCGCUUCUGUUCUCUACACCGACCGCCCUUCUAUUCGGCAUCACCAACCCACAGACCCCGAUACAAGGAAUCCGGGGUUAUGAUUGUUCUAUCGAGGAGAAGUACCGAAAGUCGACGUUUCAGAAGUUGUAUUAUGGGGCUUUGUCCGUAGUUUUCGUGACGACACUACUCGUUCUGACUAUUCUCUACGUCAGAAUCUGGGUGGAGAUUAAACAGCGUCGCAGCAUGGUUAUUGGAGAUCAGAUAACUCGACCACCAGGAACGGCGCAAGAAAAGAAAAAGAUUCGGAUAAAAUAUCUCGCGGCCAGUGGUAGCAAUGAAGAUGGUGAGGAUGAUUCCUCCGGAACCGGAACCGGAACAGGAAAUGUCGAGUGUGAGGAGCAGAAAAGGACGCGAUUUGGAAGUCUGGCGAACUACGCUUCAAGAAUUCGUAUCACAAGAACAACGGUUGUGUUGUUCGCUGUAACUGUUGUGUUCGUCAUCAGUUAUCUCCCUGCUAUAGCCAUUAUGAUGACUAGAUCGUUAAUGAAAGACCUAGAGCAUACAAGGAGUAUAGAAGUUGAGGUCACCAGUAAAUUUUUCUCCAAUUUUUUCUUUAUUAAUAACGCCAUUAACCCAAUUAUAUACAGUUUCUUGAAUCUGAACUUCAGGCGGCAGGCCCAAAAGGCCGUGAAAACGGUGUUCUGCUGUGAGAAAAGCCCAGCCCCUAAAAAAUGUGAUUCAGAUAGAAGUACAAAACGUGAAAUAUUGUUGAUAGCCACGACCGGUCGCGAUGUGUAAUUGUAUCACUGGUCACGAUGUGUAAUGGUAUCACCGGUCGCCAUGUGUAGUCCAAUGAAAAUCCUUCUUAUAGCCACGACCGGUCGCGAUGUGUAGUCAAAUGGAAAUCCUUCUUAUAGCCACGACCGGUCGCGAUGUGUAAAGGUAUGACGAAGCGAUAGUUUGGUUUGUCACCGUUAUUGUGAUGUCCCUAUAUGCCGGGCCUUGCUGUACAAUAAAUAUGUAGUCCAAUGGACAUCAUUCUUAUAGCGUACGCAUUGAAAUGUUUUUCAAAACGAAACGUAUAACCUAUCGCACGGGUGUUACCGUGGCUCACGUGGAUGAGUCAUUAUGUAUAAUAUCAUGGGUUACUCUAUCAUGACAUAAUGAGCUCUUUGUAAUCUCGGGAACCUAUUAUUUAAUCGAGAAAAUAUUUUUUAAAAUUUAAGAAUUUAUCCAGGCAAUGUUAAAACUGUAUAUGAUGUUUAAUUUGUGUAUUAAACUAAUCCGAAGAAUACUGCAGAUAUAAUUGGUCACAUGUUAUUAUUGCCCCGUGGUGUUGUUCCUUAACGAAAGCCCAUGGACAUUCUGAUGAAAUGUAAAAGGUCACGUGCCUCCCCAUGGCGAAUUCUGUUGUUUGCAUCUGCCAUUUCAUUGAUAAUAUUCACAUUCUUGGAAUGUAGGUCAGCUAUCGUAUACACGGAAUUUAGGUCAACUAUCGUAUACACAGAAUGUAGUUACGAUAUACGGCACAUGGAACCGUUAUAUUAUACCACUGUCACGUGCUCCAACUCUAGCGGGGACCACGCUGUCUCAGUGAGUACAACGUUGGCCCGCUCACCUCGAUGUCCCGUUUUCGAUCCCUUUGUUGACCGAGA